AUGUUUUUGGAGAAGAUCUAUGUGUUCCUGUGGUUUUGGCACUUUCUUGUUGGCAUCAUUACUUUGAUCAGUUUCGUAACAUGGUUUUUGCGAAUGGGCUUCAGUCAACGACGAGUCCAGUUCGUCCGGAAGUAUCUCAAAAUCAUGUCAGUCAUGCGCGAGACGGAUAAGGCAGCAACUCGUCGCUUUGUGGAGCAUUAUCUUCGACCAGAUGGCGUCUUCCUGCUUCAUCUAAUCGCCAUUAAUGUUGGCGAUCUGAUGGCCGGUGAUUUGGCCUGCGAAUUAUGGCACAUCUACCGACACAAGAGGCUUCAGGACAUGGAGGAGGAGGCGAAGUUUCACCUGGAGGCAGCCGCGGCAGCAGCCGCGGUCGCCUCGACCACGACAGGUCCGUCGAGUGGUGGCAACAUCAGUCCCAUCGGUCGACUGACAGCCUCUUCUCCGCCAGCCCCUCCGCCGCCGUCGCAGCAGUCCUUGCAACUGCCGCCCACCUCGGCGGGACUCGGACUUGGGCCUUGUCUAGGAGGUGAAUUCAACCUGGCUGAUUCAUCGGCCGGCUUGAGCCUCCUCGGAAAUGGCCUAAGCUCCACUGCUCCCGGCGUGAUCGGGACAGCAGGCCUGCCAGGGACCCGGGGUACAGGAGGCGCAGGACUGGGGAAUGUGCUCACCGACCCGACCGGCGUAGGGGGCGGUGGCAACGCGGGAAGCAGCGACAAGGGCUUGAGUGUAUCCGGUGCUUCUUGCCUCCAAGUGGGUCUGUCCGGAUUGAAUCACAAUAAUGGCAUCAACGGAAGCAACAAUAAUGAUGACAGUAUUGUGUGA